AUGUGGGGCCGAACUCUCUCGACGGCGUUCGCCUUGUUGGCUGUGGUGGUGUCCGCCGGUACCUCUCAGAAUGACCGACAGCUUAAGGCGGAGUGGGGCUUCGGCUCGACCGGGUGCGAGUGCAAGUCCACGCCCCGCCCGUGCCUCUUCAUCCACGGCGAGCGCAACGAAGUGGAGAAGGCCGAGCUGCAGACCAAGUCGGACAGCUUCGGCGACAUGACGGACCACGCGCCGUGCUGCUCGAGCAUCAAGUACGCGUCCCUCGACACUUUGAACGUGCGUUGGACGAACGGGAAGCUGCAGGACAAGGUCUGCAAGCACGCGCUGUCCAUGAGCAACUCGAGCGACGCAACCGCCAUCAAGGACACCAUCAUUGUGACCCACUCAAUGGGCGCCUUGAUGCUCGCGGGCGCGGUCGCCAACGAGAAGUGCAGCAUUGACAACAGCACCACGUGGGUCAGCAUGAGCGCGCCCAUGAACGGCACAAUGGCUUCUAACUAUGUGCAAGACAUUUGCACGGACGACGACACGCAGGCGUUCCGAAAGAUCCUGACGCUGCUGGGCAAGUGCCCCGUUGGCGCUGGCAUGAAGUCCAUUGCGUACAUGGGCGGCAAGUACAGCACGAUGGCGCUGAACGAGGCGUAUGUGGCUGCUCAGGAAGUGUACCGCAAGCACGUGUCGGCCGCCAUGUGCAGCAACGACAACAUCGGCACGGUUUCCAAGUAUCAGCCUGAGUAUCUCUUCCUUGGCGCCAAGAUUGAGCACGGCACUGAUGAACACGACGGCAUCGUGACUUUCGAAAGCUGCCGAGGCGGACUCCCGGCCACGCAGUUCAGCGACAGCUACGAGGACAAGUUCUACGUGUCCAAGUGCAAUCACGCCGACACGGCGUUCCUCAACGGAAACAGCUUCUUCCGCGACGCCAUCAAGCCGGUGAUUUGGUUUGAGUGUCUUCUGUAG